AUGCCGAAAAAGAAACGGGCUCUAACGCGCAAGGUUGUGUCGCAGACUCCCUCUCUAGAGACGAAGGAGGAGGCUAAGCCCAAAUCAAGGCUCACUCAUCGUGCACCAGGUUCAGCGAAGACUACAGUCAAGAAGAACCUCGCCAAAACGAAGGCACAACCGCAAUCUGCUGUUCCAGCGGCAUCCACAUCGACAACGAAAUCCGCUCCGUCAACAACCGCAAAGAAAACCGCGAGGGCCGGGCCGUCUGCUGCAGAAAAGCAGAAGCCCGACACACAGACAGCGACGCCGACGAUUAGGCCAUCGCCGUCUGCUCGGUCUCUGUCGCGAGCAGGUUCUGCUGCCACGAAUCGCGAUAGCUCCAACUCUUGCGCACCUACGCCUCCGGCAUCGAAUGUACCCUCGCCCACUGCCCCUUUGUCGAUGGCUGCUCGACCUCCACUUCCGGGUCGUGAUCGUCUGCAUAUCCUCCAUCCACAUCCUUUUCGACCACGACUACGACACAGGCACCUACGUUUACAUCUACGAACAACAGGACCGACACCGCCUGUACCGUUACGAACAGCAAUAUUCCUCAGCCGAGCGUAG